GUCGAACUACUUACUAUGCACACACAUAUGUAAGCGCAUACACGCACACAUAUACAUAUGCAGAUACGCAUACGUAUAUAAACCACUGACACCGAUUCAGACACUCAAAACAAAUCUUCGACCUCAUAAAGGAUACAUCAAGUCCGUGUGAGCGAAUAUUGCUGUACGACUACUGCUACUACAACUUCGGCGAUACCUACUCUAACAACAAUCACUAUCUUCUCGAUUUCAUCUUUGUUUUUCGAAUAUCUUGAACGAAAUCAAAAGCCACUAUGAGGGAAUGUGUCAGUAUCCACGUUGGACAGGCUGGAGUCCAGAUUGGUAAUGCCUGCUGGGAACUUUAUUGUCUGGAACAUGGAAUCCAGCCAAACGGCCAGAUGCCAUCUGAUAAAACAGUUGGCGGUGGAGAUGACUCUUUCAACACUUUCUUCAGUGAAACAGGGUCUGGAAAGCACGUCCCCAGGGCUGUUUUUGUAGACUUGGAACCCACUGUUGUUGAUGAGAUUCGUACUGGUCAGUACAGACAACUUUUCCAUCCUGAACAGCUCAUUACAGGAAAGGAAGAUGCAGCCAAUAACUACGCCAGAGGUCAUUAUACUGUUGGAAAAGAACACAUUGAUUUGGUACUUGACAGAAUUCGUAAACUAUCAGAACAAUGUACUGGUCUUCAAGGUUUCUUAAUCUUCCACAGUUUCGGUGGUGGUACUGGUUCUGGAUUCACAUCUCUUCUUAUGGAACGUCUCAGUGUUGACUAUGGAAAGAAGUCUAAACUAGAAUUCUCCAUCUAUCCUGCUCCUCAAGUAGCAACUGCUGUUGUAGAACCAUACAAUUCUAUCCUGACCACCCAUACCACUCUUGAGCACUCUGAUUGUGCUUUCAUGGUUGACAAUGAAGCCAUCUAUGAUAUCUGCCGAAGAAAUCUUGAUAUUGAUCGACCCAGCUAUACUAACCUGAAUCGUUUGAUUGCUCAGGUUGUCAGUUCAAUCACAGCCUCUCUGAGGUUUGAUGGUGCUCUUAAUGUGGAUCUGACUGAGUUCCAGACCAACUUGGUACCUUAUCCUAGGAUCCAUUUCCCAUUGGCUACUUAUGCACCAAUCAUUUCUGCUGAGAAAGCCUAUCAUGAACAACUGACUGUAGCUGAGAUAACAAAUUCUUGCUUUGAACCAGCAAACCAGAUGGUUAAGUGUGAUCCACGUCAUGGGAAAUACAUGGCCUGCUGUAUGUUGUACCGUGGUGAUGUCGUACCAAAAGAUGUCAAUGCUGCCAUUGCAACUAUCAAGACAAAGAGGUCAAUCCAGUUUGUUGACUGGUGUCCAACUGGCUUCAAGGUUGGUAUCAAUUACCAACCACCAACUGUUGUUCCAGGAGGUGAUCUUGCUAAGGUUCAACGUGCUGUGUGCAUGUUGAGCAACACCACAGCUGUUGCUGAAGCUUGGGCUCGUCUUGAUCACAAAUUUGACUUGAUGUAUGCCAAGCGUGCUUUCGUUCACUGGUAUGUAGGAGAAGGUAUGGAAGAAGGUGAGUUCUCUGAAGCUCGUGAAGAUUUGGCAGCUCUGGAGAAGGACUAUGAAGAGGUUGGAAUUGAUACAACUGAAGCUGAAGAUGAAGAUGAUGAGGAAUAUUAAAUCACUCAGUGAUAUUGUGACCACUCUCCAACAAAUAAAGAACUAAAUACUUCACCUUGUUUUUUUUUUUUUUUUUUUUUCUUUCUUUCUUAUUUGUCAGAGUGGCAAAAAAA